GGAGGCGGAGGAUGGGGGAGUUCGUGGUGCACCGCGCGCGCUUCUUCGCCUACGUGCCCGCCGGGAUCCGCUGCCUGGCCGCCUCCAGGGAGCCCCCGCCGGGCCGCCGCGUGGCCGCCGCCCGCCUCGACGGCGCCGUGGAGGUUUAUCUGCUGCUCAGCGCCAACCGCUUCCAGGAGAAGGUUAUUCCGGGCCAUGAGACGAGGGUCCCCGAGGCGCUUUGCUGGGCAGCCGGAGACCGGCUCUUUGGCGCAGGCCUGAGCGGAGACAUUGUCGAAUACGAUCUGGAGAACCUGGGGGUCAAAUAUUCGCUGGAUGGCUUUGGGGGCCCCAUCUGGAGCAUGGUGGCUGACCCGACUGGGACGCAGCUAGCGGUUGGUUGUGAGGAUGGAUCCAUUAAGCUCUUCCAGGUCCUGCCCGACAGAAUCCAGUUUGAGAGGAACUUGGACCGGCAGAAAGAGCGCAUCCUGUCCCUCUCCUGGCACCCGUCCGGGACCCAAAUCGCGGCUGGUUCCAUUGACCACAUCCGUGUCUUUGACAUCAAAUCAGGCCAUGCUCUCCAGUGUAUCCUGGUGGAUCGGCGCUUUCAGAAGUCCCGUAGCCGAGAGUGUGUGGUGUGGAGUGUGGCCUUCCUGUCGGAUGGCACCAUUGUCAGUGCUGAUUCUGCCGGCAAAGUGCAGUUUUGGGGCUCGGAGUUGGGGACGCUGCUGCACACGUAUCCUGUCAGCAGCUCUGCUGUGCUGUCUCUGGCGGUAUCGGAGGGAGAAGACAGCCUUGUAGCGGGCACCUCGGAGGGGGGUGUCUACCAAUUCCAGCUGCUGCCAGUGAGGCUGGGCAGCUCUGAGCACCAGUGGAUGCAGACCAGGCCGUUUCAUCCUCACACGCAUGACGUGCGGGCGGUGGCACACACUGCCACGGCGCUCAUCUCCGGAGGCCUGGAUGGGCAGCUGGUCAUCCGGCCACUCAUGGAGAAGGUGGAAUUCAAGAGCUACGACACUUCCCUCCGGAAGAUCACCUUCCCGCACAGGCGCCUCGUCUCCUGUGCCAGGAAGGCCCGUCUCCUCCUCUGCCAGUAUCCUCGAUACCUGGAGCUUUGGAAGCUGGGUGCCACCGAUGCGACAGGAUGUGAUGGGGAAGUCCUGCCGGUGUCCCGCCCUCCUGAACUCCUUCUCCAGCUCAAGGCCAAGGGCCCUGAGCACAUCGGCAGCAGCUGCAUCUCGCCCUGUGGCAGCUGGGUCGCCUACUCCACGGCGUCGAGGCUCUGCCUGCACCGACUCGAGCUCAGCGGGGAGCAGGUCUCCCUCAAGAGGGUUCCCAACGUGCCAAAGCUGAUCCGUUCAGCCCACCAGCUCCUCUUCUCCACGGACUCCACCAGACUCUUUGUGGCAUCGGAUCGAGGCUCCGUCCACGUCCUCAAGCUCUUGAAAUCGGGAAUCUGCAAACACCUGCACACGCUCUGUCCCAACUCAGAGACCAGGGAAGCGGCGUACCUGUUGGCAGCCAGCGCCGAUGGCAACUGGUUGGCUGCAGCAAGUGGGGACCAGGCAGUCCGCAUUUACAGUCUGCAGAGUGCCCAGCCUCACUGUACCGUUCCUGCCUACGACUGCCCCGUGACUGCCCUGGCCAUUCACCCAGUGACGAACAACCUGGUCAUCGCCCACUCGGACCAGCAGGUGUUUGAGUUCAGCAUCCCGGAGAAGGAGUACACGCCCUGGAGCCGGCAGGUGCAGCAGCAGGGGCUGCACAAGGAUUGGCUGGAGCGAGACACGCCCAUCACCCACAUCGCCUUCAACCCCCAGCAGGCCUCCCACAUCCUGCUCCAUGACACCUACAUGUUUUGCAUCCUGGACAAGUCCCUGCCCCUUCCAGAAGAAGCCGUUGUCCUGGCCAACCAGUUCUCUCAGGUACAGCUGGAGAAACGGAUGCGCAGCGGCCGUGGACACGCCUUCAAGAUCUGCAAGAAGUACCAGCCUCUGCUCUUCGUGGACCUGCUGGAUGCCAAGUCGCUGGUGGUGGUGGAGCGCUCUCUGGCGGACAUCAAGACCCAGCUGCCGCCGCCCGUCUAUCAGAAGAAGUUUGGCACAUAGACCUGCCUCUCUCUGGGCCUCGUGUGAAGGACUCGGGCCGCUGCCUGGCGUCUCCCAGGAAGCAGCAGGUGGAUGGACUCCUGCCCGGGUCGGGCCACAGGUCUUGGGAGUGCCGCCAGUUCCCACGGCCGGCCUCCCUCCCUCGGCUGCUUCUGGGGCUGCGGAGGGAGAUUUGGCCUUGGGAGUCUGGGCUCCUUGUCGUCAAUUAUUAACCUCCUUGACACCAGCAGGCCCCGACUCGCUGGGCUGCGGAGGGUCUGCGUAGGAGCUGGUCGGCAGAAGGGGCUGGUCCUUUGGGAGAGGCGGGGGCCGCCUCUCUUCUUAAUCAAGCAUACUUUGACCCUCCUCCACGGGCUUUCUCUUGCUGCUCCCCGGCCUCCUGUCUCUCCUCCCUUGUGCUGCUUGCACCAGCCCUUUUGUUGCAGCCUCCUUUGAUUGCCUCCUCUGUUCCCGCCCUCGUCCUCCUCCUGGAAUGCAGUUCUGCCUCUCCCCCGCCUCGGUUUCCUGUCCACAUCACUCUGCGAGACCCCUCUGUUCCCCCCGGCCAGCCCUCUGCCGUAUCUUGUCCUUUUAUUUCCAGAUUGUAACCCGGGGCAGGGGGGCACUUUCUGUACAGUACUUACAAAUAUUAGAGGCUCUCAUCCUGUUGUUCUGCAAUAGUCCUGCAGGGAUGGCCAAGCCGAGGUUCUCCAGCUGUUGUUGGACUGCAACUCCCAUCAUCCCCAGCUACAGUCGCCAUUGCGGCUGGGCAUGAUGGGUGUUGCAGUCCAGCAGCAGCUGGGGAGCCCGCAGCUGGCGCUCUCUGCUUCCCGGCCAGGGAGUAGCAGUGCCCCCAUUUUGCAGGCAGGGCUGCUGAGGCUGAACAGGAGCAGCCUGGCGGGUUUGUGGCAGAAGCGAGGUUCGCGCCGGGCCUUCCGGUUUUGUAGCUGAGUGCCGCCCCCAGAUGUUGUGGGAGGGCGGUGGGAGUUUUCAGCCCACAACCUCUCUCUCUCACACACACACACACCCUUUGAGAAGCCCUGCCUUAGUCAAUGUGCUGGCUGCACCUGUACAGACGGAGGGUCCCAGCAGGUCCUUGGCCCAGGUGAGCUCAGUGCUGAGGCUAUCUCAGUAGCUACACAUCCUCCCCAGCUCUGCCAGACCAGGCAAACUGGUUCCAGCCUAAUCAAGUGGGAACAAUUAGUCCAGUGGCGUGGAAGGGAGGCUUUCUUUCCCUGACCUUGGCUUUUGUUCUGUGUGUCCCUCCAGAAAAGGGGGGGGGCGGGCGGGGGAGGAGGCUGCAAAGUUUCCAGCCGUCUUAAAGCAGGGUGAGAACUGAGCUUGCAACCGUGAGGAAACAAACAGGGCUUAGCUGGCGAUGAUGUGUGUUAAAAUGAAAGAGUGUUAGGGGGCCGGGUGAGGAGUAACCAGCAAGAAGCCUGCUGUGGAAUGAUAAAAAUAGAUCUAGCUGUGAAGGCAGGGACAUAUCCUGGACACGCAUCCAGCUGUGAUCCCUUCCCUUUCCUCCCCCCUGCUUUGCUUCAGGUUCCCUUCUCGAUGCCAAAUAAAACUCUUUCUUCCAGUUGUGGUGCUUUAGAUUUUGCAUAAUAUUAAUUGCAUCCUCUUUGUCUGAUUGCAAACCAUUUUUGGACCAUUUUGAAUAUAGCAAAGCCUGCCUUAUGUGCUGGUUUGAGGCCUAUUCAAGAACAUAGCACUUUGUGUUUAACGUUUAAAUACCCGUAUGCAAAAUUACAAAGGCCUUUUUCAAACUGAA